CCAACAUGGCGAUUGUUGCGCUCUGGACUUGUGCGACAUCGCCCUGCAUAAUGAUAUCAUUUUAAGUGCUUAUAAAAGCAGUGGAAAUAAAGUGACAAGAAAAACAAUGUCUUAAAUGGCUCGGGAUAUAUGGAAAACAUAUUAAGUUUAGCAAAAUGUCAACGAGAUCGCAACUCACAAAGGAUUUAAACGAAUCGGUGAAAGCGCUACUUGGUAAGCAUGUCAAGAUACUACUAAAAAAUGUUGUCAAGUUAGAAACUAAGCCAGACAAGCAAGAAAACCGUGUUCUUGUAUUUUCACCAUGCCGUCUUUUUCUUUUAACGGCCAAAGUACCCACAAGGAUCGACUGCCACUUCCAUUACUUAGAAAUAGUAUCUAUAGAAUCCAAAAGAGCAAACCAAUUAUGUUUAACUGUAGGAGAAAGAUUUUACAAUUUUACUACAACCAGUGUGGGUGCGGAUACUACCGAAGUCGAUGCGAUGAUCGAGGCCUUACAUACUGCAAUUCGCAAUAUCUUUCCUACAGUACCAUUAAAUUAUAUUAUAAGAAAGAUAGAAGUAAUCCCAGCAAGCAGAUUACAAACCAUAAGAGGUAGUGAAUUAGCCAGGAGUACAGAAGCAACAAGACACACUGGGCCUUGCGGUGGUUUUUCCACCCAGUAUGCGUGUAUGUGCGAUUUACAUGGUGUACCAUAUAGAGAAGAAGUUGCCUGGGAUGUAGACACAAUAUACUUAUCCCAUGAUACCAGAGAACUUAAUUUAAGGGAUUUUGAUCAUUUAGAUCAAAAAGAUUUGGUACCAAUAAUAUCAGCCUUGGAAUAUAAUACAUGGUUUACAAAAUUGAGAGCAUCUCAUCUUAAAUUAAGCCAUGAACCGCUUGAAAGAUUAUUGCAUGUUAUGCGUAGAUCACUAUCCAUUCAAGAACUCUAUCUGGAUAAUCUCGGAGUUAAAUGGGAUUUUGCACACAAAUUGUCAUUAGCCUUAAUUUCUAAUGCUAAUACAAUGUUACAGACAAUAGAUCUGUCACAUAAUAUGAUCGAGGACAAAGGAGCAUCUAGCUUGUGUGGGAUAAUUGCCAAAUUAAUGCAAGGAGCUACACAUUUAAGUGGCCCUAUUGGAAAAUUACCAAAGGGAUUACAAAAAUUGAAUUUGGCUCACUGUGGAUUAACUGGAAAGGGUAUUGGUCAAAUAGCACAUGCAUUAAGUUUAAAUAGGAGUAUGCCAACUAGUCUGCAAUACUUAAAUCUUUCAGAAAAUACUUUGAAAGAUGAUAUUAAUAAUUUAUGUAACUUUCUGGCACAGCCUAAUAGUUUAACACAUUUAGAUCUUAGUGGUACAGAUACUACCUUAGAAUGUCUAUUUGGUGCUUUAUUGCGAGGUUGUGCAACUAAUCUAGUCCAUCUAAAUGUUGCUCGCAAUUCUUUUUCAAGUAAAAAGACCAAAGAAAUACCUCCCAGUUUUAAGCAAUUUUUUACAGCAACACUUUCAUUAAAGUACUUAAACAUCUCUUUCUGUAAAUUACCUCUGGAGGCAUUAAAACAUUUGUUACUUGGUUUGGCAUGUAAUGAAAGUACAGUAGGUUUAGAACUUGAUAUGAGUGGAAAUAAUUUAGGUUCUAUGGGUGCUCAUGUUUUGGAAUCGUGUAUACAUGGCGUGAGAUGCAUAGCAUCAUUGGAUAUUUCGGACAGCAAUAUGGAUGUUGAUUUGGCACAAGUAAUAACAGCCAUAGGUAAAAAUAAGUCUAUUAAACAAUUAUAUAUGGGUCGAAAUACGACUGGUAUGAAAAGUAAACACAUCGCUGUUGUAAUGGAUGCUUUAGUCCAAAUGUUGCAAGAGGAUGAUUGCGUUUUACAAGCAUUACAUUUACCUGAUUCUCGUCUUAAAUCUGAUCUCUAUAAUUUAAUUAAUGCUUUGGGAAGUAAUACGUGUCUUCAUACAUUAGACAUAAGUGGAAAUCAGAUUGGAGAUCCUGGUGCAAGAUUAUUAGCCAAAGCAUUGCAAAUCAAUAAUCACUUAAGGACUAUCAUUUAUGAUAAAAAUAAUAUUACGCUUCAAGGUUAUGCAGAUAUUGUGCAUGCUUUGGAAAAAAAUUGUAGUGUGAGGCAUAUGCCAUUUCCAAUUUUUGAUCUACAACCGUGUAUGAAAACGUCUGCUGAAAAAACAGAACAAUUAGCUAAAAAAAUCCAAGAUUUGCUGCAAAGAAAUGUUACUCCGUGUAAAUACAGUCAUGGACAAGCAUUUAGACUUCAGCAAGGUUUUUUGUUAAGUUCCACACAACAGAUGGUUGAUAGACUUGUUGUUCAAACUCAGGAUACUAUCAAAGCUAUAGCUGCAGAAAGCUGUGAUGCAAAUAAUGAUAUUAAUUAUGCUACUGGUCUGAUACAGGAUGCUGAUAAUUCUAAACAGCUCCUUCCAAGAUUACAUGAAGUACUCCAAAGAAGAGAUGAAAAUAAUCCAAUUGAAUUAAAAUUACAUGAUAUGGCAAAUGAACUUCACAAAGUUGUUACUAUGUACUUAGAGGAUUCAUUGGAUGCAAUGCUUAAAUGCGCGAAUGAACAAUGUCCAACAAUACUUUCACAAACAGUAAUUAGAGGAGAUGAAAGUGAACCUAUUGCAGUAGAGGAUGAUGUUCGUAAUAUUUGUAAGGAGAAAAAUCAUAUAAGUGCAGAAUUUAUUCACACAACUAUUACAGAGCAAGCUGGUGCUGAUAUUAUUAAUAGAGUCAAUGAAUUAAACUUAGCGGUUGCUGCGCAUGUAUCUGAUAGAACUACCGACGAAGUAAUUGAAUCUUUGUCACGUAGCUACAAAACUUUGAUCGGAGAUUGUGAUAGUCGAACAAGAAGUAGUACUCCAGAUGUAUUACGACCAAGUGCAGGUUCCAUGAGUAGUGGAAGUGUUAUUGGUGUUACAAGUGCAACUGGUGUUUCUAUGACAUUGCAUGGUGGAAGGACUAGUCUUAUUUCAGAAGUAGAGUGUCCUCCAGAAACAUUUUCCUUGGAAAAUUCUCUUAGUCAUUGUUCCAGUGAACAAUCGCCAAUGAAAUUGGAUUAUUUGAAUCUUGCAACUCCACACUUAUCUAAUAAACGAAAAAGUUUACAUGGGAGAAAAUUAAGACCUAAAUCUGUGGUAGAUUCUGUAGAAGGAUUGUCAGCAGAUGAUAUACCUGAUUUACUUCCAUCACUGCCAAAAAGUCAGGCAGAAGCUAUUUCAGAAACUGAACAUUCCUUAACAGAAUCGUUAGAUUCUGUCUCAGAAUUACCUAAUACUGUAGGUCAACAAUUACAACAUUUAGUUAAAUCUAGACCACGAAGAACAAAAACUAGAGCACCUACAAGACCAAUGUUAAGACCAGAUCAACCCGUAGAUGGUUUAGCUCUUGGAGAGGGAUUAGAUGUAUUUUUCCGGCCUACAACACCAACUACACCACUUAUAUCACCUACAAGUGAUGAUAGUUCUUUACAUACGUUUCCAACGGAUGGGAGUCCAAAUUUAUCUCUGGCAAGUCAUAAAAGUAUACCACCUGAUCUAGAUAAAAAGCAUGGAUGUAACUCACCGAUGUUAAAAACGUUACUUGAACCAACACCACGUUCAAGAUCUAGCGAUAAUUUAGAAAAAUUUUCUCCUCUCGUUGGAAGACGUUCACAAGGUGAUUCACCAUUAACCGCAUCUCCUCUGGCUCGACGAAAUACGACAGAUAAUGCUCAGGGACAUGAGAGAGUAAUGUCUAGAUGUGAUAGUAGUAAGGAUACAUAUAAUAACAGUAUUAUGAGUACUUCCGUUGAUUCUUCCAAACGUAAUACCUUACCAAAUAUUGGAUCAAUCCCAACUUCUCGUAAUUCUCGAGAAUCAGAAGACUGUGGGAAAAUAUUACAAUUACAAAAUAAUAUGAAUUCGUCAUCGGACAAAGAUAGAUCUAGCGUACAAGCAAUGUCUUCUGUUAAGCUACGUUCAACUGGUUUUGAUCUACGAAGUCCAACCAAUGGUAGCAACACCAAAAAUUCAUCGGAAUCGUCUAAGUCACCGAUAUUGAAAUCUGUUGUUAAAGGAAAUAAUUCUAGCAGCGAUGGAAAAAAUAAUGGUGCUCUUUUAAAAAAUAAACCUAUUCCUCCUGCUACAGCACCAAAGCCACGUCCUUGGAGUAUGGCUGCUGAUAGGAAAUCUGGUGAAUUUAGCUUAUUGAGUGAUGGGUCGAGUCCAAAUACAUCUGCAGGAAAUACACCUGACUCCGGUGAUGCUCUCGACGAAUCAACUGAUAGUGGUGUUAGCGGUCCGGCAUCAUUACCACCUACAUUAUCAGCAAGCAGUACAGCAAGUUCACUGAGCAAUACAAGUGUAGAAAAAAGAUCGGUCAGAGAAUUGGCAGCUAGUUUAAAUAAAGGAAAGCCUGACAAAAAGGAAAAUGAGCAUAGCACACCUGCAUCAUGGAGGUCGGUGCUUCAACGUUCUGCUGACCGACCAGUUACCAAGGUAACGGAAGUGCCGAAAACGGUUGAAGAUUCUCCGUUCAGCUUUAAACUUCGUCGCACUUCGUUUUUGCGUGAUUCAAAUUUUAAUUAUGACAACGAUGUUGUUGACGUUUAACAAUACAGUUCCGUGUAACACCAGAAUAUCGAUUUUAUGACAGUACGUCAAAAAAAUUAAAAUAAUAAUAAAAAUAAUAAUAAUAAUAAUAAUAAUAAUAAUAAUAAUAAUAAUAAUAAUGAUAAUAUACAUAAUAUUUAUAAGAAUAAUCUAAGACAAGCAUUUCUAUGAAUUGCACAAUAAGAUAGCACAUUGUUUGUUUAUAUUCGUGCCAUAAGAAAUCCGAUAUAACAUACAUAUAUAUAUACAUUUAUUAAAUGAACACUUGCAUUAGGAACAGGGUAACAAGAGUUUCUAUAACAAGUAUUAGUCUCCUAUUAUUACGUCAUUAGAAGGUUUUAUUGUAUAUUAUAACAGAAUAUUACAUUUACCAUGCAGAAUUAAUUUAAAUUACUAUUGAAUACAAAUAACAAUUGGAACAAAUACUUCCAUUUAAAUCACAGCCAAUGCUGCAUUUCUCUAAACUUUAAUAUAAAAGGCCUGGUAUAAUAUUGUAUAUGAUAUUAUCGAAGUAAUUUACAAAUUGGUAACUUGUUUUUAAUAUUUAAAUAUUUAUCUGUUGUCCUCGCCUGUACAUUUUAGAUAAGAGACUGUGUAGUUUAGAUAAACGGGUGUGUUCUGGCUACGUAAACAAAUAAUUUCUAUCCUAUUGGAUAGAGUUUUAUAGAUGUCAACGUAAUAAGUGCCUAUUACGUAUGAUAAAACAAAAAAGUGUUAUUCUACUUUUAAUUUUUGUCGGCAAAAUGUAUUUGUCUUCCGAUGUUUAAUGUAUGAGUAUACAAUUGAUUACGUUUUUUAUUAACGCGUUAGGAUUUUUUUUUAUCGCAGUAUUUUAAAGAAAGCUCUUGUUUGUUAUCCUGAAUAUAAGCUACAUAUAUGCGUAUCAUUUUGAAUUAUUUUGGUCUUAAAUUAAAAAUCAUGCUAUAAAAUAACUAUAUAUACAUAUAUAUAUACAUAUAUAUAUAUAUGUAUAUAUCAAGUUUAAACAAAAAUCUUUCUAACCGGAUCAUGUUACUAACUUGGUGUUUGGAAUAUAAUAGGGAUUAUACAAUCAUAUAUACAAAAAUAUAAUAUACGCAAAAUAUACAAUGUAACAUCUCACGAAAAAGUAUAAAAGUAUCGCAUUUUAAGUUGAAAAACAUUAAGUAAGAAAACAUAUAAUUGUAUUGUGUAACUAUGUUGUAUAAUUUGAUUUUUUACAUCGUUAUAGAUAAAGUAAUGAUCAGAAGAAAGUCAUUUUUUUUUUUUUGGUUUUUUUUUUGUUUUUGUUUUUUUUUAUAUUUUUAUAUUUUUUUGCGGUAAGGGGGUUGUUAAAUAUAUUGUCUUUUCUAACAAAAAAGUAUUUAACGUAUAAUCGUAUAGAGAAUCGAUUGGUUUUUAUAGAGAAAAGUAUAUGUAUAUACAUCUGUAAAAUAGAAAUGCGAAAUAAUAUCUUAAUAUACAUACAUACAUACAUAGCAUGUAUAUGUAUAUUGUAUACUUGUAGGGUGUCUUGAAUAUUCUUAUAUGAACAAGUGGAUAUGAUUCUUUGAAUAAAAGUAAAUCAUUCGAAAUGAUAUUAUAAAUUUUUGUCAUUAUCGUUUUAUAUUUAUUUUAAAUUAAGGAAUCAAAUCCUCCUCGAUUAUAUUAUGAUUUUCGAUACACCCUAUGUAUACAUUUAUAAAACAAACAAAACGUAAAAAUGCAACAGUUCAAACAUAUAUUGUACUUUUGUUUGCGCUGUUAGCUAUAAUCAUUGAAAAGUAUACUAUUGUUAUUUACAUGGAUGCAGUAAUACACAAAUCUCUACAAGUUGCAUUUUGAAAUCCAUGUUGCAUGUUAACCGAAAAACAACAUAUUCCUGAACCUAUGUAAGAAGAUAAUACAAAUCAUUGUAUCAAUAUACAUUGUUGGAAGGUACAUUAUAAGUCUCCUUUAGGAUGACAUACAUUAAAUUUGCAUACAUUUAAUCUUUAAAAUAUUAAACUAUAUUAACCAAGAAGAAAAUUUUCCUGUAGCUGUUUAAUUCAAAUUACGUUCUUUAACCAUGCCAAUAACACAUUCCAUAAUAAAAUUUUAUGACUUAUUAUAUAAAUGUAAAUCAGUAUGAUAAAGAUUAGGUAAUUAAUGAAAUAUUUGAUAACAAUACUUUUAGAGAAAUAGCAAAAGCUAUAUAAUAUGUAAUAUGAUUAUAAAAAUAGCAUUCAGUCAUGUACGUGUAUGUAAUAUUAUGCAAGCUCAUAAACAAUUUUGCAUAUGUCAUGUUACAGGUGAUCUUUUAUACUAUUAAAAUUAUAUUAGACUAUGCAGUGCAAUAUUCAGUCAAAAACAUGAAACUCAUAUUUGGAAAAAAAGAAAAGUAAAGAAAAAAAAGGCCAGUGGCAAUACAAAUUUUGAAAAACUGAGUAUCAGUAGAAUUCAGUAGUACUGUCACAUUGUGCCAAAUUAAUAGUAGCAAUUAAUCUUGUUUUGUAAAACUGAAAAAAGAUAUACGAAUCUAAGUUAGGUAAUAACUAUUGUAGAACGCAAAAAAAAAAUUAGGAAAAAAUUCACCUGCAACAUGAAAGUGAUUUAAUGUAAAUAUUUAAAAACUGACUCAGUAUGCCUCUGUGCGUAUGAUGGUGCAUGUGUGAUAUAUUUAUAUAUUUUACUCAAAUACAUUCCUGUAUCAGCAACUUUAUAUACA